CAAUGCCUGUUGCUGGAUCCCGCAAACAGAACAAUCAUUCGCCAUGAGCAGCGCACAGCUUGUCUGCCUAACAGCGUUGCUGUUUUUGCACACGUCUUCAGCGGAUCCAAAAGGUCCACUGGUGUCCCUGAAGUCUGGGAGCUUGAGAGGGCAGUACAUGACUGUGAGGGGCGUGGACACUGUUGUCCAUGCCUACCUGGGUGUGCCCUUCGCUCAGCCACCAGUGGGAGCUCUGAGGCUGGCCCCACCUCAGCCUGCAAAGCCAUGGGAGGGAGAGCGUGAUGCUUCACAGCAACCACCCAUGUGUCUACAAAACAGAGAGGUAAUGGUGAAUUUAACAAAACAAGUGUCAAUGGAAAUGGACAUCCCUGAGGUUUCAGAGGACUGCCUCUACCUGAAUGUGUACACACCUGCAGCUCCCACAAAAGAUUCUAAAUUACCUGUCAUGGUGUGGAUCCACGGGGGAGGGUUUUCGGUGGGAGGAGCGGCAUUUCAGGAUGGGGCUGUGUUGGCAGCCUAUCAGGAUGUGGUGGUGGUGGUGAUUCAGUACCGCCUUGGACUCCUUGGUUUCCUCAGCACAGGGGAUGAGCACGCCCCUGGGAACUUGGGCCUGCUGGACCAGGUGGCUGCACUGCACUGGGUCCAGGAGAACAUCCACACCUUUGGAGGGGACCCUGGAUUAGUCACGAUCUUUGGGGAGUCAGCUGGGGGAGUGAGCGUGUCACUGCAGCUCCUUUCUCCCUUGUCAUCUGGACUCUUUCACCGUGCGAUUGCAGAGAGUGGAACCGCAGAGAUGAAAAUGCUCCUCAGUCACAAUCCUCUGGCUAUUGCCCAGGUGGUAGCUAAUGUGUCAGGCUGUGACAUCACUAGCUCAAAGGAGAUUGUGGAGUGUCUAAUGCAGAAGACUGAAGAGGAUAUCCUGCAUGUACACACCGAGAUGAUUUAUUUUGGCUUUACGAUUGAUGGAGUGUUCCUCACCAAGUCAAUUGAGGAGGUGUUCAAGGGCCAUGAAGUUCACAAAGUCCCAUUUAUGACAGGUGUGACAAACCAGGAGUGUGGCUGGCUGCUAGCCCGCUACUUUUCUCCUCAUGGCUGGGUGGAGGGAUUGGACCGGGAGCAAGUCAUACCUCUGCUACAAUUUUUCAGCCCUGAGUCCGCAGAUGAGAGGAUAAGCAAGCUGCUUGCAGAUGAGUACCUAGGCACCUCGGGAGACCGCAUUGCAGUUAGGGAGGGGUACGUGGAGCUGAUGAGUGACUUCAUGUUUAACAUUCCUGCCAUCAAGACAGCGAAUUUUCACAGAGACGCAGGUGUACCUGUGUACUUGUAUGAGUUCCAGCAUGGUCCGAGCUUGAUCCAGGAGAAGAGGCCAAGCUUCGUCAAAUCGGACCACGCGGAUGAGCUCUUGUUUGUUUUUGGUGGCUGCUUCUGGAACGGCCACAUCAAGAUGGAAAGAGAGGACAAAGUCAUGUGUACAAAGGAGGAAGAACAGCUGUGCAGGGCAGUGAUGGCGUACUGGGCCAACUUCGCUCGCACCGGGUCUCCCAAUGGGGCAGGUUUGGUUGAAUGGCCGCAGUAUGGGGAGGACGAGGCAUAUCUGGGUCUGGGGCUGAAGCAGGAAAUAGGCCAUCAGUUGAGGAAGAAUCGCUACAUCUUCCAUACCCAGACACUGCCAGAGAAGAUUCGUGAACUGCAGGAGCAGAAGGAGCACAGUGAGCUGUAGGGGGCGCUGCUUCAACCACCCAAACAACACCACUCAGUCUACAAGCACUCUGAAUCCUGUUGCACUGAGACACCAUCAUCAAUUGUGU